AUGUCGUUUAGAGCAUUGCAGAAAAUUGUUCGAUCGUCUUUAAAAUCUUUUCAUUAUUUGCCCAUCCGAAACAUUCAACACAAUGUGAAAAUAAAAGAACAGUGCUCGAAUCCAGCGUCUCGAGGGUUAGUGCUCGGAGUAUACGCGGACGAAAGUGAUCGACUGGAUAUCGGGGUACUUACUCCGACGGCAGCUAAGUAUAAUGAGGCGUAUACCAGUGGACGACUGCUUGAGCUUCUUCGACUGGCCGGACCGAUGCCGAAACGUGGUGAGGUGAGAAUUUUAUACAAUCUCGAACCAACCUAUUCCGCCGUGGCAGUUUGUGGUCUUGGUAGCGAAUGUCUCGGUUACGAUGAUGUAGAAAAGAUGGACGUAUCGAAGGAAGCAAUCCGUAUCGCAGCAGCACGCGGUUGUCAGGAGUUGCAGAAUUUGGAAGCCAGCCGCAUCUACGUGGAAGACUUUGGUCAUGCGGAAUCCGCCGCGGAAGGAGCCCACAUGGGGCUUUGGGUCAAUCAGGAGCUACGCAGCGUGGAUCAGCGGAAGUUUGUUCCCCAGCUUCAGUUGUACUACGAACCGGAACUACCCUGUGAUUCCAAUGGAUGGCGCAUUGGACUGGCGAAGGCCGAAGCCCAGAACCUUGCUCGGCAACUACAAGAGACACCAUCGAAUCUGAUGACACCUACAACAUUCGCCCAAAACGUCGUUCAAAUUCUCUGCAACUCGGGCGUCAAUGUGGAGGUGAAGGUACGCGGUUGGGCUGAGAAUCAAGGAAUGACAUCCUUCCUGACGGUAGCUAAGGGUUCCUGUGAACCUCCGAUCUUUCUCGAGCUAAGCUAUUACGGUGCAAAAAGUAACGAACGACCGAUUGUACUUAUCGGCCAGGGUAAUACCUUCGACAGCGGCGGCCUUUGCCUAAAACCACUCGAAGCAUUAACGGACAUGCGAGCAGAUAUGACGGGAGCAGCAUGCGUUGUAGCAACCUGCAGGGCGAUUGCCGCCCUCAAGCUGCCCGUAAACAUUCGCGCACUAAUUCCACUUUGCGAGAACAUGAUCGGAUGUAAUGCAAUGAAACCGGGCGAUGUGAUUACGGUCAAGAAUGGCAAGAGUAUCGAGAUUGUGAAAACCAGCAAUGAAGGACCUCUGACACUGGUGGAUGCAUUGCUGUAUGCGGAACACUUUGGCCCCAAGUACAUCGUGGACGUUUCGACUAUCUCGAAAUCCGUGCUGGAAAGCUUCGGAAAAGUUUGUAGCGCCGUCUUCACCAACUCCGAGGACCUUUGGCAACGAAUGCAAAAUGCCAGCAUUCACACGGGCGAUCGAGUAUGGCGGUUGCCAUUGUGGGAUUAUUAUACGCAGCAAAUUUGUUCUGCAGACCACGUGGAUGUGCAGAAUAUUGGUUUGGGUGAGGGGGCGAACAGCUGCAAGUCUGCUGCGCUUCUUCGCGAGUUUCUCCCUUGUGGGCCGUGGCUCCACAUUGACGCGUUGAAUGUAAUGAAGACCAAGGGAACCGACUUUCCGUACAUUCGCCGUGGAAUGGCUGGUCGACCAACGCGCACACUGAUCGAAUUUAUUGCUCAAAGCGUUGUCCAACGCCCGGACUGUGGCAAAGGGAGUUCUACCAAAGAGGUUCAACCAUACCGAUAG